ACACUCUUGAAAGACAGACUUUGUGACAUUAAAGUUUCACUUGACAGCGGGUCAUUCGCUGCUCUGCAUAUCAGUUCACUAAAGGACUCGAUAUUUAAUGCCGAGAUGGGGUUGAUGACAAGCAUCAUCUGGUUUCUGUUUUUGUCAAUGAGUGAGUGCUGGCGACUGCCUGAACCAGACCCUCCAAUGCACGGGGAGGUCCAGUCCCCCCAGUACCCCCAGCCUUACCCUCCUAACAUGCUGGAGCAGUGGGACCUCAGAGUGCCAGAGGGUUACCGGAUCAGACUCACCUUCACACACCUGGACAUUGAAGCUUCUGCAGAAUGCCAUUAUGAUGCCCUAACAGUCCUUUAUGAUGAAAAGGUUUUGGGGAAGUUUUGUGGCCAUGAGAAUUCUGCUGAUGUGCAGCACCCUGGCAACCAGCCCAUGUUGUCUCCAGGCAACAAACUCACCCUCAUUUUUCAGUCAGACAACAGUAACCCAGAGCGGCACCAGAACCUGGGCUUCUCUGCUCAGUACCAGGCUAUAGACAUAGACGAGUGCUCUGCACCUGAACCUGCAGACGGCUCCGGUCCACUCUGUUCUCAGAUCUGCCUUAACACCCUUGGCUCGUACCUCUGCUCCUGUCACCAUGGCUACGAGCUCCGUUCAGACCAACGGUCCUGCAUGUUAUCCUGCGGUGGUGGUAUAUUUGACGAGCCAGAGGGACAUCUUUUCAGUCCAGGAUACCCUAAGCCCCCCCUUCAUGCUGUGUCCUGUCAGUACAUCAUUUCAGUAGAACAUGGCUUUGUCGUCUCUCUUAACUUCACUGACAACUUCCACAUCGAGAGCAUGGACACUGAGCAAGGCCCAAACUGUCUCUAUCACUGGCUGCAGGUGACCAUUCCAGACAGAGAGCCUGUGAAGCUGUGUGGUGGAAAGAGUCCAGGUGUGAUAGAGACAAACUCCAACACCGUGAGGCUGGACUACCACACUGAUGAUGACGGCCUGAGCCUCGGCUGGAGCCUGGAUUACAGCACACACAGAGUGAAGUGUCCAUUUCCUGGUAAUCUCGCAAAGGGCAGGGUCACUCCUAUCUUGACUGAAUACUUCUACAGAGACUACAUCUCUGUGCGCUGUGACCAAGGCUACAAGCUCAUGAUGAGUGGUUCAGAGAUUGACAGUUUCUCUGCCAUGUGCCAAAACAACGGACAGUGGCACCUCCCGCUGCCAGAAUGUCAAAUAAUUGAUUGUGGAGAACCUGAACCUUUGUUGAAUGGAGGCGUGACCUUCCUGUCUGGAUUUCAGAAUCAGUACCUCUCUGUAGUUCAGUAUAACUGUAAUGAACCUUUUUACUCUCUCCUUGGCGGUGUAACUGCGACCUUCACUUGUGAAGCAGACAGAAACUGGAGAUCAAACAACAACAUUAUUGUACGUCCAGCAUGCAUACCAGUGUGCGGCAAGCCCACAGAGGAUAUUUCCAACUUUCAGAGGAUCAUUGGAGGCGUUGACGCUCCGGCUAACACCAUCCCCUGGCAGGUUUUAUUAAACGUGGAUGGAGGAAGAGGAGGAGGCAUGGUGAUCGGAGACAAAUGGAUUAUGACUGCAGCUCAUGUCCUAAAACGAAAUAGAGAGACAGCAUCAACUGCAUCUAUAAAGAUUUACAUGGGAGGUAAUUUUGUUAAUGACAUAAUGGGCUCUAUGGUGAAUGCCUCCUCAGUCCACAUUCAUCCUGAUUACAACAACCCAAACAACAUAGACUACAACAACGACAUCGCUUUGAUCAAACUGCAGAACCCACUCACGUUCAACUCAUCUAUUAUGCCAAUAUGUUUGCCAGGAGAUGAUGCCACAUAUGUCACUGGCAUAGUCGGAGUGGUGUCAGGCUUUGGCCAAAUAAAAACCGAAAACCGACGGCAGUUGACAAAUAGGCUAAAAUAUGUGGAGCUCCCGUUGGUAGAACAGGGGAUUUGCCAUGAUUCAAUCGAUAAGGUGAAGAGGAUAAGGAAUAAUGUACCUACUCUGACAAAUAACAUGUUUUGUGCUGGAAUCCCUGAGGGUGGGAAGGACUCCUGCCAGGGUGACAGUGGAGGCCCCUUCGCCCUGAUGGACAACGAGCGCUUCUGGGCUGCUGGGAUUGUCAGCUGGGGGGUUGACUGUGGACGCCGAGAAACCUACGGAGUGUAUACCAGAGUCCUCAACUACAUUGACUGGAUCAACAAGGUUUUGAAGGAGAACUGAAACCAUCAGUUAAAAUAAAUGUGAUGUGAAGAUAUUGAUGCAGCACAAGUAAAC